CAGCUGAGUGGGACUACAUAGUUACCCUGAGGCUCUCUGUGGACACCAAUGAUGUACUAAAAUAGAGCAAUUGGACUUCAACUUCAGGUCCUCUGUGUGUACGAAUCUGGUCAAAAUUGAGUGAAUACGUUUGGACUCAGUAUUGCUAUAAUUUGUCAGUCAGCGGCGCAGUUAAGCCUUAAUUACAAAGCCCAAUAUGAGUGGUUGCUGAUUUCCUUUGGGCGAAAUUAUAGGAAGAGCGAGAAAGAAAUAACGAAAAGUGAAGUAAAGAAAGGAGAAAAAAUACGAAUUGGAAUAGAAAAGGAAGGAAAAGAAAGGCGAAUACAAUAAAAUCAAGACAUAGCACAAACAAACAAACAAACGAAGCAAGAUGAAGACCGAGAGAUCUUGGCUUCUGGAGGGUUGGAGACACAAGUUCAAGAAGCCUUCCUUCCAAGAAACAGCCUAUGGACCUGUAAGCACCAACACAGCUGAGGACGACACCUGCGGGUCCCUCGAAUCGUCUCUGAAUUCGAGCGGGUGCCACGGGCGUGCCAACAACGGGCUGGGUCUCCUGUUCACCUCCUUCUUCUUGGUGGCACAGGUGGCGGGCCUGGGAGUGUUGGCACUGCCGUGGGCUGUGGCGCAGACAGGCUGGGGCGGAGUGGGCGUCCUAGCUGGGUCCUGCCUGAUCGUGGGCUUCUCCGCCUGCCACCUAGGAUACGCGUGGAUCAUCCUGGAGGAGCGCUGGCCGGAGUACCAGAGGGCGUGCAGGAAGCCGUAUCCUGCGAUGGCUUUUAGGACUCUCGGCAUGUUCGGAUGGAGUAUGGAGCGCGCAGCUAAAAUCAAGAUCAGAUCAGUCCAUUUAAAAACUACUGGAACAUAG